CCGUUGCUCUCUCCUUUACCAUUCCUUUUGGAAUUGAUUCGGGGUAGAUUUCAGCACCUUUGCGCUCUCGUUGGUGCUAGCCUUCUUUCGCUGUUUGUCCUGAUGAGUACAAUGGGGACGCCUCUUAAGUGUUUCCAAUGCGGAGGAGAAGGGCACUUCGCACGUGAAUGUCCUAGUAAGACUCGUAGUAGUAAUGGUAAUGCGGGGGGUAACGGUGCAGGCCAAUCCUUCUCUGCUCCGUCCACUCCUAGAUUUUGGACACCAAGAAGGAACCCGGUGGACGAUGAGGAAAAGGAGUUCCUCAGGGAGCUUAUCACUAAAUGGAAGGAGGAGGAGGCGCGUAGGAGGGAGCUAGAGGAGCAGGAGAGGUUCGACGAGAAGCUACGUACAGAGAUGGCCAAGUAUUCAGCGGCUACGAAGGCGGAGGUUAUGGCGGUGAUCGGUAGACAGUAUUUGGGACAUAGGGAUGAUAUUCAUAGGGAGGAGAUGCGCAGAGGAUGGUCGCCACCAUCGCGGAGAAGAGAGGACUUCCUCGGGAGAGAGGAAGCUGAGACGGAUACCGAUGAUCUGGAUGUUGAGAACCGUCGGUUAACAGCCAUGAGGGAUAAGAGGUGACGAGGAAAGGAGCCGGUGUGGGGUGGCGGUAGUUUUAGACAACC